AUGCAGGGACCCUGGGUGCUGCUGCUGCUGCUGCUGGGCCUGAGGCUACAGCUCUCCCUGGGUGUCAUCCCAGUUGAGGAGGAGAACCCGGCCUUCUGGAACCGUCAGGCAGCCGAGGCCCUGGAUGCUGCCAAGAAGCUGCAGCCCGCACAGACAGCCGCCAAGAACCUCAUCCUCUUCCUGGGAGACAGGAUGGGGGUGUCUACGGUGACAGCCGCCAGGAUCCUAAAGGGGCAGAAGAAGGGCAAACCGGGGCCUGAGACACCCCUGGCCAUGGACCGCUUCCCAUACGUGGCUCUGUCCAAGACAUACAGUGUAGACAAGCAUGUGCCAGACAGCGCAGCCACAGCCACGGCCUACCUGUGCGGGGUCAAGGGCAACUUCCAGACCAUCGGCCUGAGCGCAGCCGCCCGCUUUAACCAGUGCAACACGACCCGCGGCAACGAGGUCGUCUCCGUGAUGAACCGGGCCAAGAAGGCAGGUAAGUCAGUGGGAGUGGUGACCACCACACGGGUGCAGCACGCCUCGCCAGCCGGUACCUACGCACACACGGUGAACCGCAACUGGUACUCAGACUCCAACAUGCCUUUCUCUGUCCGCCGGGAGGGCUGCCGGGACAUCGCCACGCAGCUCGUCUCCAACAUGGACAUUGACGUGAUCCUAGGCGGAGGCCGAAAGUACAUGUUUCGAAUGGGGACCCCAGACCCUGAGUACCCCCAUAACUACAGCCAUGACGGGAUCAGGCUGGACGGGAAGAACCUGGUGCAGGAAUGGCUGGCGAAGCACCAGGGUGCCCGGUACGUGUGGAACCGCACUGAGCUCAUGCAGGCUUCCCUGGACCUGUCUGUGACCCACCUCAUGGGUCUCUUUGAGCCCGAAGACAUGAAAUAUGAGAUCCACCGAGACUCCACACGAGACCCCUCCCUGAUGGAGAUGAUGGAGGCCGCCCUACGCCUGCUGAGCAGGAACCCCCGAGGAUUCUUCCUCUUUGUCGAGGGUGGUCGCAUCGACCAUGGUCAUCAUGAAAGCAGGGCUUACCGGGCACUGACUGAGACGAUCAUGUUUGACGACACCAUUGAGAGGGCGGGCCAGCUCACCAGCGAGGAGGACACGCUGACCCUCGUCACCGCCGACCACUCCCACGUCUUCUCCUUUGGUGGCUACCCGCUGCGAGGGAGCUCUGUCUACGGGCUGGCCCCCGGCGAGGCCCGGGACGGGAAGGCCUACACGGCUCUCCUAUAUGGAAACGGUCCCGGCUACGUGCUCAAAGACGGUGCCCGGCCGGAUGUUACCGAGAGCCAGAGCGGGAGCCCCGAGUACCGGCAGCAGUCAGCAGUGCUCCUAGACGAAGAGACCCACGCAGGCGAGGACGUGGCGGUGCUCGCGCGCGGCCCGCAGGCGCACCUGGUGCAUGGCGUGCAGGAGCAGAGCUUCAUAGCGCACGUCUUGGCCUUCGCCGCCUGCCUGGAGCCCUACGAGGACUGCGACCUGGCGCCCCCUGCGGGCACCACCGACGCUGCGCACCCGGGGCCGGCCGCGGUCCCAGGUUCACUUCCCCUGCUGGCUGGGAUCCUGCUGCUGCUGGGGGCGGCCGCUGCUCCCUGA